AUGGCCGCUCGCUCCCAGGCCCUCUCCACUUUCCAAGAUGGCGACAGAGUCAAAUUUCCCACUCAGGGGGAUCGCUGUGGACGUCAAAAUCCCUACCCAGCGGAGUUACUGAACCAAGCAGGAUGGCAGGGAAUAAACAGUGGACAUCCUGGUGUGCUGUUCAACGCUGUGGAUGAAAACAACUUUGACUUUGUUUACUUUAGACCCCAUAGCCCUAAUGGCUGUUAUCAGACCGGGUACAUGGUCAACGGGAAACCGACCUUUGUUGAGUUUAAAAAGUGCCCCAAUGGUCCCCCGAAAGGCGGCGUCUGGUUUCCAGUGGCGGUCAAGGUCCUCGGCCAUGACGUUCAGGUGUACCUUGGCGGAGAUCUGGUGACGACUAUUAAGUCCCAUUCUCCAAGGGCCCGGGGAGGAGUAUUAACUUUCCAUGGCUACCAAAAUGUGGUCCUCUUCAGGAAGUUCGAAAUCGUCCUUCAACUUUUUGUCUCUAAGAAGUGCGCAGAGUCAGCUGAAUUCCCCGACUACAUCAAACUCGAUGCGGACCACGGAAGUUGGCCUAAAGAUGGCUUCUGUCAGGCCGGGUACUUGAAAAAAGGCGGGCAGUCUACGGACUAUCAACUGUCAGUUGAUCUGUAUAACUUCAUGGGACGGGACGGAGCGAAUUUUGGUCAUCUGGGAGUGUUCUUUAACGUUGAAGAUCCAGACAAUUACGACUUCGUCUACUUCAGGCCUCAUUCAGCCGGCGGAUGCUUCCAGACAGGUUACGUUUACAAAGGCCAACCCAAGUUUGAUGGAGCUAUAUCUAGUACCUGCCCAACCGGUCCCCCCAAGGGAGCAGAAUGGUUCCAUGUCAAGUUGACAGUAUCAACAGCUUCUCCUUCAGGUGAAGUGAAAGUGUACAUGAAGGGCRCGCUGGUGACGUCAUGGAACCCGCGCUAUCCAAUCAAAAACCGUGGUGGUGUUCUGGUGGCCAAUGGCUACAAGAACGUGGUCUACUACAAGAAUUUCCACAUGCAGUAAGGCUGAAAACCGAUCGAGACCAAGGCUGAAAAUAAUGAUCGAAUAAUAGCUACAUGUAUCAUUACACUUCUGAACGUUAUUUUUGUUUGCCGACAACCCGAUAUUCAGAGUAAAUUGAGCUAGCGUAAAACUGUAAUGCUUUGAAAGUAAUAAGUUUGUACACUUUGCUUCGAGAACAUUCGUAACUUGCUGUAAGA